ACUGUGCUCCAAAUCUAAUUCCCAAGGGCCAGAGGAAGGAAGUAAGGGUCUUGGAGAGAUAGAACAUUUAGGAGGGGGAGCAUACAGUAGAGUACACAAGUACAUUAGACACACUGAUGUUAAACUGCAUCAGUAAACUGAUAAUUGGUCAGUUUUGUUUAACUACCCAGUUAUUACUCUUUCUCUCAGACUCGCACUAAAACAAACAGGCAUUUAAAAUGGACACUCGCAUUUUGUGCGUCAUAUGGGUCCUUGCCCGAAUAGGUGGUGUCGCACUUUUUUUUUAGCAACUAUUGAACGGAAUAUGAACUUUAAAUAUUUGAAGAAUAGACGAAGUACCUAAUUGCUCAUGUAAUACCAUUGCAAUUUCACCGACAGUGUAUUCCGUUGGAUGCAGAGAAAGUAACGGUUAUUGCCGUGCAUUGACAUUGAACGAAGACAAAGAAGUUCCUCUGGGAGGUUAGCUGGCUUCCUGAUAAUUCCAUUUGGAUUAGCCAGCUAUGAUAGCUGGCUAGCAAGCUAACAACAACCCUGAUUCAAGUGAAAUUACCCAAAACAGCAGAGAAACCAUGGAGGAGUCAGCAAGCACCAUAGAGGUCACUGUGAAGACCCUGGACUCCCAGAGCAGGAGCUACACUGUCCGCAGGGAGUUGACAGUGAAGGAGUUCAAAGAACACAUAGCUGCAUCAGUGGAGAUCCCAGUGGACAAGCAGAGACUAAUCUACCAGGGCAGAGUGCUGCAGGAUGAGAGGACACUGAACGAAUACAAUGUGGCUGGUAAGGUGAUCCACCUUGUGGAGCGUGCUCCUCCUCAGACUUCCCAGUCUGGCGGCGGAGGAGGAGGAGUGUCCUCAGGGGGAACAGAGGGAGGUGCCACCACCUCCUCCUCCCAGGGAGGCCCCCAGGACCGCAACGGGAACAGCUACGUCAUGCUGGGAACCUUUAACCUGCCCGUCAACAUCAUGGACCCUCAGCAGAUACAGAUGCAAGUGCAGCAGAUGAUGGCAGGAGUGGGAGAAGCAGGAAGGAAUACCAGAGUCAGCACCAGCACUCGAAGCAAUGGUUCAGUGGAUGUGCAUAUCAACGUUGACCAAUCAGUGCAGAGCGAGCCCAGGAUGAGGCUGCAAUUGGCUGAGAACUUGCUAAGGGAUACCCAGUCUCUGAUCCACAGACUGGAGGGUCAGCCCAGUGGUGUUCCAUCUCAAGCCGAGCCGGAGACAUCUCAGUCCACCUCCUCUUCCUCCUCCUCAUUCUCUUCCGCUACAGCUGCCACUGCAGGAGCAUCCCAGCCUAUGGAUACCUCCCCUCCUGCUCCUGCUCCACCACCUCCCCCUCCCACCUCCUCCAGCCAGACAGAGGGACCACCCCACCCCGGGCCCAACCACCCCAGCCCAGCAGCGCUAGUGGAGGUGUUGUCAGAGGUGAGGAGGGUGGAGGAGAGGCUUCGUCCCUUCAUAGAGAGAACUCACUCCAUCCUUGGGGCUGCCACUUCAGCAGACUACAACAACAACACCCAGGAAAGAGAAGAGGACCAGCACGUUCUCAACCUGGUUGGGGAGUCUCUACGUCUCCUUGGCAACACCCUAGUUGCCCUUAGUGACCUACGUUGUAACCUGGCCACUCCUCCCCCCCGUCACCUCCACGUGGUUCGGCCCAUGUCCCACUACGGCUCCCCCGUCCUGCUGCAGGGUGGUAUGCCACACCACACCCCCAUACCGAUAAACCUUGGAACCUUAGGAAACCUGGGGAACCUCGGAAAUUUGGGAACCACAGUGACCAUGACGUCCAAUGGGAGGCAUGCAGCCGAGGGCUGGGCCCAACCCUCUCAGGCUCCUGGCCAAUCAGAGGGCCAGGCCCCGCUUCCACAGCCAAACGCAGCCAAUCAGCAGCCAAUUCAGGGCCAGGGGGCUCCGCAUGUCAUCAGAAUCACCCACCAGACCAUGGAGCCUGUGGUAAUGAUGCAGAUGAACCUAGAUGAAUCUGGCAGCGGCCCUCAGGUCCAAGGACAACAGAUCCCUAUGGGUACUGGACAGCCUGGUGCUACUCCAGUCCAAAUCGCAGGCCUUCCUCCAGAGUUCAUGCAGGCCAUCGUCCACCAGAUCUCUCAGCAGGCUGCUGCCAUGGCAACCGCUGCUGCCACGGGUCACCCCGGGCAACCAGGAGCAGGCGUCCCCGGGACCACCCCCAGCUCUGACACCUCUGCCCCCCCUCACCCUCACGGGCCUCUGCCCCCUGGAGCCAGGGUGGUAAUCACGCACCCCUCCUUCUCCCCCCACAUCCCCCAGCCUGUGGGCACCAGGGGCACCACCAUCAACCUCAGGGCUUCAGUGCCCCCUGCUGGCGGGCAACAGAACCUUCAGGGCACACCUCUGGCUUCCUCUCCCCUAACUCAGAUGAUCAGUGGUCUGGUUGGACAGCUCCUGAUGCCUGGACAACAGAUGCCUGGACAACAGAUGCCUGGACAACAGAUGUCUGGACAGAUGCCUGGACAACAGAUGUCUGGACAGAUGCCUGGACAACAGAUGUCUGGACAGAUGCCUGGACAGCAAGUUCCUCCAGGUGACCAGACAUCCACCAGCUCCUCCUCAGCCUCCCACUCCUUCUCUUUCUCCACCUCCUCCUCUUCAUCCUCUUCUGCCUCCUCCUCCUUCUCCUCCUCCAAUCCCGUCCCUCUCCACCCCUCCUGUGGGGCGAACACAUCUGGCCAGACCACCACCCACACCACCAACACCACUUCCAUGGGCCAGCCACCGGAAGGGGUCGCCGAGGCCAACCUAGCCCAACUCCUGGGCUCCUUGCUGGGUGGAGCUAGUGGGCCAGGAGCCCCUGGUUCUGGAGCUAACCCACACAUCACUGUGACCGUACCUGGAGUCCCAGGGUUCUUCCAGGGAAUGUCAGACUUCAUCCAGGCUAACCAACCCAUCUUCUCCCGACCCUCACCUGUACCCCCACCCGGCCAGGAGCCUCCCCCUGGCCAAGGCACCCCUACCCCCCCUCCCCAGGCGGCCCCUGGGGGUGGAGGGGACCCAUCCCUGAGCCCGGAGCUGUUUACAGGUAUUGUCCAGGGGGUCCUCUCCACCAUGAUGGGGUCUCUGGGGGCUCCGCAGGGGAACGGGGAGAGCAUCGCUCAGUUCAUCCAGAGACUGUCUCAGACCACCAACCUCUUCACACCUGGAUCUGGAGACGCUGUCGGGUUCUUUGGGGACCUGUUGUCCCUGGUGUGUCACAGUUUCUCCAUGGUGGACAUGGUGUUGUUACUCCAUGGUAAUGCCCAGCCAAUCAGCCGGAUCCAGCCCCAGCUCACUGAAUUCUUCAACCAGCACUACCUGCAGGGUCGAGAGCCUACUGACGCCAAUAUCAACGCAGCAUCUGUGGACCUCAUCAAUGAUCUGGAGGAAUACAUAACAGAGAGCUUUGCCACAGUGACCGUGAGAGAGGGAGUGGACAUCAUUCAAACCAACAUCACUUUCCUUAGACAGCAGUUCACCCGUGUGGCCACACACAUCCUACGCUGCACAGACCAAACGUUUGGGCACCGCCUGCUGCUGCUCUGCACUCAGGGUCUGUUUGAGUGUCUGGCUCUCAACCUUUACUGUCUCCAAGGGGAACAGAGAGCUCUCACCCAAGUCAUCAACCACCGCAUCAGGAGGAUGUCAGCAGAGGUCAACCCCAGCCUGGUCAACUGGCUGACCAGUAUGAUGACCAUGAGACUCCACGUCAUCCUGGAGCACAACCCAGUCACUGAGGACCACAUCCAGCACUAUGUCAUCCACACACGGAGAGCAGAGCCUGGGGCACAGGCUGGACAGCAGACAGACACACAGAACAUGGAGAUGGAUGAAGGUCUGUCCCCGGCCCUGGCCACCACUGCAGAGGAGGCCAUGGCUUCAUCAGGGAACAGACAGGAGGUCGGAGCAUCCCCCGGGGUGACCACCCCCUCGCAGAGAGCAUCAUCAGGGGAGACCAGAGGAGCUGUUGCCAUGGCAGCAGGAGGAAGGGAGGAGUCUGGAGGAGAAGUGGAGCCCUGGGCAGCUGCAGUGCCACCUGAGUGGGUUCCUAUCAUCAGACACGACAUGCUGUCUCAGAGGAAGAUGAAGGCUCAGCCCCCUCUGUCUGAUGCAUACCUCCACGGGAUGCCUGCCAAGAGGAGGAAGACCCACCAGGGUGAAGGCCCUCACCUGUCCCUGUCUGAGGCAGUGAGCCGGGCGGCCCGUGCUGCAGGAGUCAGACCUGUCACUACCCCAGACAGCCUCCAGGGAGAGCUAGAGGAGCCAGAGCUUCAGGAGGCCUACCAAGAACAGGUCAACUUUGGCCAGUGUUGCUUUCUGGAGGAUGCAACAUCUUCCCAAAUCCAAUCACAUGUGAGGAGUGACAUCAAGGAGAGAGUGAGAGAUGACCCAGAAUUCAGCUCCCAGCGUUUCCCCAACACACACCGGGCAUUUUCUCUAGACGACUCCUAAAUAUUAUUGGUCCUCAGGCCUGUCAACCACUCCAUCUUGUCACAGUUUUCUCCCUGGAUGACUCCUAAUCUGAUUGGUCACCACACCUGUCAAUAACCCUAUCUAGCCAAUCACUCACAACCAUGAUGUAUACAGGGGUGUGUUCAUCAUGCAUCUCAACAUCACAUCCGGAAUCAUGUCAGCUCUAUUCGUGAAAUGUAUAUCUUCAACAUUCUGUAACACGCCCCAGAUUCGAUUCUGCAACAUUCCCUGUGGGUCUGUCAUGUCCAGUGAAGAUCAAAGAGAAAAGAAAACACAAGAGUCUUGACCUGCUUAAAAAUGACACAUAUUUAAAACCGAGAAGAGCUUUACAACCGGUCUGUCAUCUAUCAAUGGAAAAUGUCAGUCUCUCUGUGGUAUCUCCCAUAAAGCACCGCUUUCUCAUUCCAACAAACUCAUUUCUAACCGGUCGUCGUCAUCUGUAUCUCCGGUUGUCCUUAAGAUUUUGCUGUAACUUGUAAAUUAGCACAAAUUGUACAUUGUAUUAAGAACGUGAUGUAAUAAUAUUCUAGUGAUAAUGCAACAGCUAUUCCUUGUCAAGUAACGAAAACCUUCCGUAGGCUUUUUUGGGGGUGCGUUUAGUUUGGUAUCCUGACUAGAGAUGAAAGAAGCACAGAUUCUACAUGUUGACUGGCCUGGUUAAACCAGACUGAACCGUGCGAACAAGUGAAACAGUGGUGAGCGCAACAUUGUCUGGUGUAACCGGGCAACAUCUUUACGUAUUUACUUUCAGGAUAGAGAGGAUGGUAGAGGUUUAGGUGUUAGGGGUGAUUGUCAUGUCAUCAGUGACAUUUUGUGUUUAGCUAUUUUAAAGUGACUGUGAAUACGAGGCUCAAUGGUGUUUUAGCCAUAAUUAUGUUAAGUUGUAAUAAUAACUGCCAUAAUCAAGACCAUGAUAAAGAUAAGUCUCGUUUUAUGCCAUUGUAUUUCUUUCUAGGCGACCACGGCUAUCAUUUCUAGAACCUGACUGUUGUAAAAAGUUGAAUGCUAUGUAACUUGUGAACAUUACUUUAAAAUAAAUUGUCAAUGUCGAAA